AUGUCUUCCCCCAAGAUCACUCUCUACACCAAUCGCACCUGCCCCUGGGCUCAUCGCGCCCACAUUGUUCUUCAGGAGCUGGGUCUUCCCUUCGAAGAGGUCACCAUUGACUUGGACACCCCACGCGAGCCAUGGUAUCUGGAAGUCAACCCGCGCGGUCUCGUUCCCUCCCUCUCUUACAAUGGUGAAGUUAUUACCGAAUCCGGCAUCGUCGCUCAAUUCCUCGCCGACGCAUACCCCUCCCACCUCGUGCCCCCUUCAAACACCCCCGAGGGUGCUCUGCAGCGCGCUCGCAUCGCCUUCUUCGUCGACACCUACUCCAGCAAAGCUGCCCCACACUACAACGCUGCCCUGCGCGGUGCUACCGAAGCCGACCGGAAGGCCGGCGUUGAGGGCUACGUAGCUGCUAUCAAGAAGGAGAUCGAACCGCUCCUGUACCAGGGAUUGGAGGGGAAGGAGCACGGACCUUUCUUCGGUGGUAGUGACAAAUUGACUUUGGUGGAGGUGCUGCUUGGAUCGUUCCUAAUCCGUCUGCACGCGUUCGCGGAUAAGGAGGCUGGACUGAUUGAUCCCGCAAUCUGGGAGGGAUUGGCGGAGGCGAAGAACUUCAACCGUUGGGCGCAGGCUACUCGGGAGCAUCCUAGCGUCAAUGGUAUCUUUGAUGCUAAGGCGUGUGCUGACAGGACGAAGAAGAAGCUUUUGGCGAACAGGAAGUAG